AUGGUUGAAGAAAAAACUUUUCAAUUUUGGCGUCGUUUACUUAUUAUAUCUAAUAUCUUUUAUAUUCUAUUGGCAUUAACAUUUUUAUUUUUUGCCAUAUUUACACGAUUACAUUCUUUAAUAAUCGAUCUUCAUUUAUUUGUUGGAUUAAUAAUUUUAAGUUUAUUUUUAAUAUUUUUAUCUAUAUUUGGUAUAAUAUCUGCUGUAAAACAUCAUCAAGUAUUAUUAUUUUUUUAUAUAAUUCUUUUAAUUAUUUUAUUUCUAUUUCAAUUUAUUCUUGCAUGUACUUAUUUAACAAUUCGUAAUGAAAAAAAAUAUAAUUUAUUAAAACAAAAUUUUGAAAAAUCAACUGAUCAUAUUCAAUUAAAAUAUAAUUGUUGUGGAUUUGAUAAUUCAACAAUAUUUUAUCGUAAUAUAACAUGUCAAAAUUUACCUUGUUGUCAUUUAACAAAUCAAUGUUGUGAAACAUUAUCUAUGUGUUAUACAUUAUUAAAUAAUGAACUUGAUAAAAAUUUAAAAAUUAUUGGAUCAAUUAUGCUCAUAUUUACAUUAACUCAAAUAAUUGUUAUUUAUAUAACAUUAAAAUUUCGAAAUAUUCGAAAUCCAGCGAUAUUUAUUUAA